AUGGGCGUGGAUUACUACCGGAAAAAGAGCGUCAUAGCACUUCUCCGGAUUCUUGUCCGCCUACAUUUCAAAGUAGACCCGCAUCCUGAUGAAGUUCUACAUAUACCAUCCCGAGACGUCGAUCGCACCAUCAAGGUCCACAUCUACAAAAGCUCGGGAUCCACGAGAACCUCGCCGGUCCUGAUAAAUGCUUGCGACAGCGGCUUCACACUCCGCGCAUUUGGCAUCGACGAUGAGUUCUGCCGUUCAAUCGCGCAGACAGGCUACACCGUGGUCGACGUGAAGUACCGCCUGGCACCCGAACAUCCGUUCCCCGCUGCGUUCGACGAUAUCGAAGACGUGGUGAAGUGGGUACGGUCUCAGCCUGCGCGAUUCGAUCAGGCACAUAUCUCCCUGUCCGGAUUCAGCGCAGGCGCCAAUCUGGCCCUGGCGGUCGCCUCAUCUUCGCUGCUCUUCCGCAGCGCGAUCAAAGGCAAUGAAGAAUCGCCAUUCCACGCCGUUGUCGCAUUCUACCCAUCCACGGAUUUAUCAGAGCCAUCCACAGCAAAGAAGCAAGUGGUCAAAUCGAAGUUUAUGAUUCGAAAGAUCUUUCCUCACUUCUCGGAAUUCUGUCAUUCGUGUUAUCGCAACCCCCGCGAGGUCGACAUGAGAGAUCCGCGGCUUUUGCCGUCAUAUGCGGAUCCGGCGCGGUUCCCCAAGAAUGUGCUGAUUAUCACCACCGAACAGGAUCCGUUCACAAUUGAAGGUGAGAAGCUUGCAGAGAAGGUCCGCAUGGUGGAGGGUCAUAACGUGGUAUGUCAUCGGAUGGAGGGCUGUUCGCAUGGGUGGGACAAGGAGGCGAAACGCGGGACCAAGGAGUGGAAAGCUAAAGAGGAAGCAUAUGGAUAUGCUGCUGAAAUGCUUAAGAUAUGA